CCUGGGAAACCGGCAGCUACCGGGCGUGUGCGCGGGCGGCAACCGGCCGGCCGGUCCGCACGCCUCCCUCCGCGGACGAUGGGGGACCCGCCGCCCGACCCCGAGCAGCCGCCGCCCGGCAGCUCCCAGGGCUCCGAGCCGCGGCGCAGCGGGGAGGCCCCCUUCGUCCAGUUCUCGCUGCCCCCGGAGGCGCCGCCGGCGCAGCUCGCAGCCCCGAGGGGCAGCCAGGAGGGGCCGGCGGGCCAGGGCUGGGCGCCGGGGGCCGGCCUGGGCCCCGACGAGGAGCCGGGGGGCAGCGCGGAGUACCUGCUCUCGGACGCCCAGCGCCAGGCCUACCUGGACGAGGACGGGCUGGAGGCCGAGCUCCUGGAGCAGCUGCAGCAGGGCCGGGGCAGCCUCCUCCAGCAGCUGGAGGCGGCCUUCCAGGACCCCCAGCCCGACGCCGCGGGCCAGUUCGCGUACCGGAGAGAGGACCAGCCGUUCGGCGAGGAGGCCCCGCACGGGCCCUACGCGAGCGAAGACCCUUCCCUCCAGUUCUCGCCCUCCGAGCUGGGCUUCCUGCCCUUUGACAUGGAGGUGUCGGAGCCGGAGCCCCGGGAGCUGGCCGUGCAGAACGCCAAGGCCUACCUGCUGCAGACCAGCAUCCGCUGCGACCUGAGCCUGUAUGAGCACCUGGUGAACAUGCUGACCAAAAUCCUGAACCAGCGCCCAGAGGACCCCUUGUCCAUCCUGGAGUCGCUGAACCGCACCACACAGUUGGAGUGGUUCCACCCCAAGCUGGACUCGCUGCGGGAUGACCCCGAGAUGCAGCCCACCUACGAGAUGGCCGAGAGGCAGAAGUCGCUGUUCGUCCGGGGCGGCGGCAGUGCUGAGGGCGAGCAGGAGAUGGAGGAGGAGGUGGUAGACACGGCCGUGCCCAACGUCAUGGAGUCAGCCUUCUACUUCGAACAGGGUGGCGUGGGCCUGAGUUCCGACGAGAGUUUCCGCCUCUUCCUGGCCCUGAGGCAGCUGGUAGAGCAGCAGCCCAUCCACACCUGUCGCUUCUGGGGCAAAAUUCUGGGGCUCAAGCGCAGCUACCUGGUGGCCGAGGUGGAGUUCCGGGAGGGCGAGGAGGAGGUGGAGGAGGAGGAGGUGGAGGAGCUGACCGAGAGCGGCGAGGUCAUGGACGCCCACGGCGAGGAGGAGGGCGAGGAGGACGAGGACAAGGUCGCCGACGUCAUCCCCAAGCCGCUCUGGAAGCCACCGCCUGUCAUCCCCAAGGAGGAGAGCCGCUCGGGCACCAACAAGUACCUGUACUUCGUGUGCAAUGAGCCGGGCCGGCCGUGGACCAGGCUGCCACACGUCACGCCCAGCCAGAUCGCGCAGGCCCGCAAGAUCAAGAAGUUCUUCACCGGCUACCUGGACGCGCCCGUCAUCAGCUACCCGCCCUUCCCGGGCAACGAGGCCAACUACCUGCGGGCCCAGAUCGCGCGCAUCUCGUCGGCCACGCACAUCAGCCCCCUGGGCUUCUACCAGUUCAACGAGGAGGAGGGCGACGAGGAGGAGGAGGGCGGUGCAGGGCGAGACUCCUUCGAGGAGAACCCGGACUUUGAGGGCAUCCCCGUGUUUGAGCUGGUGGACUCCAUGGCCAACUGGGUGCACCACAUGCAGCACAUCCUUCCGCAGGGCCGCUGCACUUGGGUGAACCCUUUGCAGAAGAAGGAGGAGGAGGAGGAGCUGGGGGAGGAGGAAGAGAAGGCCGAUGAGGGGAUGGAGGAGGCGGAGCAGGAGAUCGGGCCCCCUUUGCUGACGCCACUCUCAGAAGAUGCAGAGAUCAUGCACAUGCCACCCUGGACCGCCCGCCUGUCCUGCUCCCUCUGCCCGCAGUACUCCGUGGCGAUCGUGCGCUCCAACCUCUGGCCGGGGGCCUAUGCCUUCGCCGUCGGCAAGAAGUUUGAGAACGUGUACAUCGGCUGGGGCCACAAGUACAGUCCAGACAACUUCAACCCGAUGCUGCCACCGCCCAUCCAGCAAGAGUACCCCAGCGGCCUGGAGAUCAUGGAGAUGAGCGACCCCACGGUGGAGGAGGAGCAGGCCCUGAAGGCUGCCCAGGAGCAGGCCCUGGCGGCUGCGGAGGAAGAGGAAGAGGAUGAGGAGGAAGAUGAAGACGAGGACCCCGAGGACUGAGGCCUGACAGACCCCUCCCCCAACCAGCCAACCACUCGGUCGUCUCCGGCACGAAGGCCACGCCCACCUUCUCGCCCCGCCCGGAGACCCAGGACCGUUACCCGAGCGACAGCCGGGCUGGUCCCUCCUCCCGGCCCCGUUGCCAAUCAAGGAGACGUCGUCG